AUGUGGGAGCGGGGCGGCUGCCACUGCGGGACCCCAAAGCGGCUAGCGGACAGAGCGGCCGCCGCGAUAAGGGAUUACGCCCCGUUUCCCCAUCCAGGGAUAAUGCGGGUGAUUGCCCCCGAUCCCCCACAGCCGGCGCACCCCCGGCCGUUUGCCCUGCUGGCUUUUUUCUCGCGCGAUUGCACUCUGCGACGGAAAGUGGAGCGCGGUGCUUAU